UUUGGGCGGAGCCAUUCGUGAAGGCGGCGCCGGGGCCGAGUGGCAGGGUGCGCGUGCCAGGGUGAGGGGCGGAACUGGAAGAUGGCAUCCGGAGUAGCUUGCUGGCUGACUUUGGGAACCUUCCGAUCUGGAGCUUUCCGGAGCGGGGCAAACUUGAGGAAAGGUGGUGAUGUAGCGGCCGUACGGGGCGGUUCAGGUCGGAGCCUGAUAUCGUCGAGGUCAGUCAUCGUUACCCGCAGCGGCGCCAUUUUGCCCAAACCGGUGAAAAUGUCCUUCGGUCUUCUCCGUGUGUUCUCCAUUGUGAUCCCCUUUCUCUAUGUUGGGACGCUCAUCAGCAAGAACUUCGCGGCUCUGCUGGAGGAGCAUGAUAUCUUUGUCCCAGAGGAUGACGAUGAUGAUGACUAAGGAAGAGCAGAAGUAGAGAAAGAAGCAAGCAAGCAAGCACCAGCUGCGAGAAUGGUGAUGCUUUGGGGGCCGCUGCUUCCCUUUCAACUGAAGGGCUCCUGGAAGGCCCUCAGCCUGCCUCCUGCACAGUCUGUGACCGCAGCCCAGAUCUCGAGGCUCUGGAAGGCUCCUUCCUUAAGAUGUUCUCCACUAAGUACUGAGAAAAAAAGUAGUCAAAUUAUAAAUAACCUAAUAAACAUCAGCUGUGUCUAAAAGCAGGC